CGCGGAAGGCUUCACGACACGUCUACAUUUUUUAAUUAAUUGCCACCGGGGGUGGAUUCUGUGCAUCCGGGUGUGUGGACAGUGAGGUGAAGAUGCGAAUCAUGAACCUGCGAACGGGUAGGAUCGCCAGGAUAGCGGCGUGUGUGUUCAUCCUUGUGCCCCUGCUCUAUCUGCUCCUGACGUGGUCGGAUGGUCACAAACGGGCCAAGGCGGUGCUGCAGAGCCGCUUUGGGGCCCUCAAGAGAAACAAGGAAGUGCCCCGCUUCGUAGAAGGCUAUGGAAAUUUUGAGCCGAAGUCGGUGGUGAAGAAAACGGGCCCCGGGGAGAAUGGAGAGCCCUACAAUCUGCCGGAGAGCAUGCAGAAUGCUGCAUCGGCGUCAGAAAUGGAGUACGGAAUGAACAUUGCCUGCUCAGAUGAGAUAUCACUGGACAGAUCCAUUAAAGACACUCGCUUGGAGGAGUGCAAGCACUGGGACUAUCCCACGGACCUGCCCAAGACCAGCGUCAUCCUUGUAUUCCACAAUGAGGGCUGGUCAGUGCUGCUCCGGACGGUUCACUCGGUCAUCAACCGAACGCCAGAUUAUCUCCUGCACGAAAUUCUCCUAGUGGAUGACUUCUCAGACAAGAAGAACCUCAAGGACGAACUCGUGGACUACAUCAGGCGCUUCAAUGGAAAGGUGCGUCUGAUCAGGAAUACGGAGAGAGAGGGAUUGAUCAGGACGCGAUCCAGAGGAGCCAAGGAAGCGACUGGCGAUGUGAUUGUCUUUCUCGACGCUCACUGCGAGGUGAACACGAAUUGGCUGCCGCCACUCCUGGCGCCCAUCUAUCGCGACCGGACAGUGAUGACGGUGCCAGUGAUCGACGGGAUUGACCACAAGACCUUCGAGUACCGCCCAGUGUACGCCGAUGGACAUCACUACCGCGGGAUCUUCGAGUGGGGAAUGCUGUACAAGGAGAACGAGGUGCCGAGACGAGAGCAGAAGACACGGAAGCACAACAGCGAGCCCUACAAAAGUCCCACGCAUGCCGGUGGACUGUUCGCCAUCGACAGGAAGUACUUCCUCGAGCUGGGCGCGUACGAUGCGGGUCUCCUUGUCUGGGGCGGCGAGAACUUCGAACUGAGCUUCAAGAUCUGGCAAUGCGGCGGCAGUAUCGAGUGGGUUCCCUGCUCUCGCGUGGGCCACGUCUAUCGCGGCUUCAUGCCGUACAACUUCGGGAAGCUGGCCAGCAAGAAGAAGGGCCCACUGAUCACCAUCAACUACAAACGCGUGAUUGAGACGUGGUUCGACGACAAGUACAAAGAGUACUUCUACACGCGAGAACCGCUGGCGCAGUUCCUGGACAUGGGCGACAUCAGCGAGCAGCUGGCGCUGAAGGAGCGUCUGCAGUGCAAGAGCUUCCAGUGGUACAUGGACAACGUGGCGUACGAUGUGUUUGACAAAUUCCCACCGCUGCCGGCCAACAUUCAUUGGGGCGAGCUGCGAUCGGCCGCCAUGGACACGUGUCUGGACGCCAUGGGGCGCUCCCCGCCCUCAAUCAUGGGCGUCCAGCACUGCCACGGAUUCGGCAACAACCAGCUGAUGCGUCUCAACGGCGCCGGCCAGCUGGGCACCGGCGAGCGCUGCGUGGAGGCCGACCGGCAGGGCAUCAAACUGGCGUACUGUCGCCUGGGCACAGUGGACGGGCCGUGGCAGUACGACAAGAAGACAUCAACGCUGCUGCAUCGCGUGCACAAGAAGUGCAUGGCUCUACAUCCGCAAACACUCCAACUCUCGCUGGCGGCGUGCGAUCCCAACAACGCCUAUCACCAGUGGAAGUUCAAGCAGAUCCAGCCGAGCUACUAACUCCCAAGCGCAAUCAUUCCCGAGGUAGAACACUUUUAUUAGGCAUUAGUGUCACAAAUUUGCCAAUUCCAUCAGCGAAUAGGGCUCAAAUUAAUCCCCGGCAGUUACUCAAUAUUUCUCAUUGGAAAACCUCUUCAAAGACUCGCCACUGCCAAUUCCUUCCCUAUUUAGGCGAUAAGUUUUAAUUUAUUGAUGUUGGAUCACAAAAAAGCGACAUAUUUUGGUGAAAUCUGUUGCUUUCAUGGUUUUUUGGUGGAGGAAUUUGCUGAUGGAAUUGGUUAAUUGAAACUUCCUCGAAAAACAAAAUCAGGUUUACUCAUUCAUUGCAGUUGUUUGAGACAAUUCGAUUCACUGAUAUGAACUGAUAGUAGAUUGAUUGACUGAAAACAAUACUAUUGGAGACGAUAAGACAUUCAAAGGGGUUGAUCAAUAGUAAUAAUCUUGGUAAUAGUUAUUCCAAAGUCUGAUCUUCCGAUUUAUUAUUGCUGAAACUAAGCAAACCGUGUGCUUUUCAAUGUCUUCCGGUGCAAAGGGCUCGAAAGUAAGAUCCUUAAAAUAUCAUGAACAAGACAGACGUGAGAGAAAAGUCAUCGCCCAGUGUCGAUGCGCUGCCAAAGGUCAACAAAUUCCAGGUGAGAUCAUUUCAUGCUCAUCUGGAAUUAAUAAUAACCUCGUGAAGAUUUGAGCUGAGCCGUGCUCACUCAACCAAAUAAGAUUUUUCGCAACUUCAUUAUUUCUUGAGUCCAGCGAAGGAAACAGAAAAAAUAGUGUUGCAUAAAUUCGCUUCAUUAACUUCUCCAAAGAGAUAAUGUAAAUGCAGUAGAACAGAGUAUAUUUUAAACGCAGAUUCAUCUCAUUCUCUUUUUUAUUUUCCACUGAGUUUUCUAAUGCGGAAAAUUCCUUGAAUUGAAGCCAUUUCAGUUCUAUCUUUUAUUCAUUUGUCAUUUCAUAAAGAUGACAAUCUGAGUAGGCGGAGUUUUCGUGUGGGCGGGACUUCUUGAUUGUUUUUCAAAUCGCUCAGACUCUACGUAACACAUUAUGGGUACGCUUAUUUAUAGUUUUUAUUUACUUCUAGAACAAAAUAUAUCCAAGAAAGCAAAGAACAGAGAAAAGCACAUCACAAAAGUAUUCAUUUUCUCUAUCUAGUAGCGAAAGUGUAAUUAGAAAUAGCGUUUUCAGUCAAUAAAUAGUAUUAGAGAUGUUAUCAGUGUGAUGAGUGAAUCACUUUGGUGGCGAAAUUGAUAAUAUUCAGUGAAAGAGUCCACCUGAUAUAUACAUAAAUAUUUAUCAAAGUACUUAAAGUUAAAAUGAAAGCGUCGAGAAAAGGAAUAUUUCCCCCGAAAAGUGCCUUUGAGCCCUUCUAAAGUGAGACUGUGUUUCCUAGACAAAAAUCCGAAGGGAAUUCUUCCCACAAAUGUGUGAAAUGUGUUUUUUGUGUAGUCUUUUUUUUGUACAUAACUUUUGUUAUACUCGUCGGUGUAUUUUUGU